AUGGAAGCCGAAUACACUCGCCUUGCAGAGACAAUAUGCCAGAAAGCCAAUGCCCACAGCAAGAAGCGCUUCCUAGUGGCCAUCGCCGGCAUCCCGGGAUCCGGCAAGACAACCACCGCAGCCGCGGUCGCCAGGCUUCUAAACACACCACCGUCGCCAAAACGCACUACUCUGCUCUCCAUGGACGGGUUCCAUCUGUCGCGGGCGACGCUGGACCUCUUACCCAAUCGAGAAGAAGCAUAUAUCCGCCGCGGGGCACCUUGGACCUUUGACGCGGCCCGCUUCGUCCAGUUCAUCCGUCGGCUACGGGAUUGGGCUGAUUCGGCGCCCUGUGCCUCUGCGGAGACGAUCUACGCACCCUCUUUUGAUCACGAGGCUAAAGACCCCGUCGAAAAUGGCAUUGCUAUCACCGAUGACGCGGAGAUCGUCAUCAUCGAGGGGAAUUAUUUGCUGCUCGACGAGCCUGAAUGGCGGGAAGUGGCUGCCCUGGUCGACUACCGGGUGUUCGUCGAGAGUGACCUACAGGAAGCGCGAGAACGCGUCGCGCGACGGCAUGUCCUUGCGGGUAUUGAAAAGACGUUGGAGGAUGGAUUUCGGAGGGUGGACCGCAACGAUUACUUGAAUGCGGUUACCAUUCGGGAGAAACUCAUCGCUCCUGAUUUGGUUGUUCACAGCGUGACGGAGCCAACUUGUUAA